AUGGGAUCUGCCAGCUCCAAGGCUGCUAGGAGGCUGCCCACGACCACGCCUACCGCUAUCAGAAGCGUCAUGCCCGACCUGCCUUCACCUGCCGCAGAGCCUUUACCAUCGCCUAGUCAACCAUCGGAAACGACGGCUCGUACACGAGAUGACAAUGUGGACAUGGCAGGUCCAUCGCGCUUAGGGCCUCAAGUCCAUUCCAACGAGCCUUUCACAGGUGAAAAGGAUGACGCCAUCCGUCGAGAUGCACUCGAUCCUCAUUUCGCCUCCAACCUAUCCCUCCUCGGACCAGUCUACAUCAAGAACUCCUCUGAAGCCGUGCAUAGUCCCGCCCUCGCGCAGCGAACUCUUGCCGCUAGACGAUCUCAGUUCCAUCAUCUCGAGGGAUCGCCAGGUCCCGCGACAUUGCAUGCUUCCCAGCUCUCCGAUCUCCUCGGAGCUCUGCAAGCGGGACACGAUAAAUCUGAUUUAUGUAAACACUAUGGCAUCGAUCAGGCAGCAUUGGACCGCCUGUCAAGGUGGACAAGUGUUCCUCUCAGAGUUCAAUCAGAGUACGUCCAGAUCUUGCGCAGGAGCUGA